AUGACUAGCAUUAAAGACCUUGUUGCUCCACUGUCCAAAACGCUUGAGCAUUUCCGCCAGAGCUCAAAGAUUCCAUCUACAGAUGAUGAUCCUAUGGAUUUGGACGACCGAUUCAUGGCCGAGGCCCCUUUAGCAACUGAUGAAACUAUUCUUGCCUUGAACCGGAAUUCUCUGUCUGUCUUCCUUGAUCCCGUCGCAUACCAAUGCUGUGUAACUAUCCAACUUUCGAUUUUUCUCAGAACCCAAGCAGACUGUGGCUUAUCAUCUGUCGUUGAAUAUUUGACAGGCUUGGAUGAAGCCGAUAUUCUGGCAACCCAAGCUAUUUUACCUGAGGUUUUCCAGCUUUGCUCGAAAUUGGAGCCCUCAGAAUUGCUCUCCAUUAUAGAACAUUUUGGUGAGAAGUGUCUACAGUCUUAUGAAAUGGAGCGAUGUGAGGCUUCACACUGCAUUUGCAUCCGCAUGAUGACCAGCUUUAUCGGUUCCUGGACAAACGGGCCUGAUGAUACAUUGAAAGAGUCGGCUAUGGACUUGUAUAUUUGGUUCAUGGAAGCGCUCCUGGCUCGGAAAAGGGCUACCCCAAAAGUCUACAUUGCCUUAGCCGAGCUUAUUCGGGGGGUGAUUGGCACAUGUCCCUCGUACGGCAAAGAGCAGUCUCUUCCGUCGCCACGAACAAAUUUGUUUGCAAUCCUUCGAGGAGGUGACGUUCAGGUCAAAUUCAGCGUUGCGAAGUUUAUCCCUGCUUUAUUUGAGCGGUUCCUUCUUAAAGACCAUGAUGCCAUCUUCGAUGAUGUAUUGGAAAGCUUGCCACGAGACCCGGAGUGGAUUGAGGGAAUUGCAGUCCGCCUUUUCGUACUUUCGCAGUUGGCUUGCAGGUGGCACACGUUGCUGCGAAGAAGCAUCUAUCAUUUAUUUGAAACCCCGGCUCAGGUGCCACUAUCACUAUGGUACGCCGAGAGAUGCAUGGUCUCUGUUUCUCAGACCCUUGGUCUGCAAGAUGCCAAAGAACUUUUUCGGCUUUUCUCAUCUCAAAUACUCUACACGUGGACUGAGACACAGAGUAUCAUGUCCAUGCCCUAUAGUAUAUUUGGGUACGACAGUCUUCAAAGCAUGCUGGUGGACGUCAAAGAUGAAAUCGUUGGGCAAAUGAUGAUGCGUGCCAAGGAACAAGAGACAAUUGAGCUUGCGAAAUACCUCCAAAUUCCACAUCUCGAGCUCCUGACGACCUCUUUUCACAAGGCCGAGUCAUACAGCAUUGCAAGAGAUAUCAGUACUCCUCCGGAACAAGGUACUCAGCCUAAGGGUGUUGAGAUCCGUCUGCGGAAACUUCUCGGGGCAGAUCAGUUCAUGACACAAAUCGAGAGCCAGUUCCCUCUGAUUAUUGCUACGUUUUUCAGAUCCCUCGACUUCUAUGACCAGAUCGGGCGAGCAUUCUCAAAGCGUGAAAACUUCGGUUAUGCACUCGAGAUCCAGGCGCAAAUAAUCAACAAAAGCACCUCCCAAAAUUCGCUGCCAGCAAAUCAACAGCCCUCCUUUCGAGCACGCUAUCUCCUACAUGAGAUUGACUUUCUUUGCAGAAGCACUGGGUUUGAAUUGGAAUCAAUAUGGACGCCAUCACUGGUUUCUUUUGUCUGCCGUUCGCUGCUUGAAUCCAUACAUCCCGCCCUUGGCUCACUUCAUGCUUGUUCCGUGAUCCGCAAAAUUAGAAUCCUAACCUAUGUGGCUGGUCCUGUCAUACUUCAAGACUAUCCUCUAGAGAUGACGCUGAGCUGUUUGCGGCCUUUCCUUGGCGACAUUCAUUGUUCCGAGGAUGCUUUGGGGAUAUUCUGGUAUCUACUUGAGGCAGGGAAACCAUAUCUCCAGGUGACGCCAGGAUUCACCGCAGGUAUUGCUGUAUCAACACUGGUCACUCUCCGCAGGAUAUUUUCGUCGUUGUCUGAGAACACGACCCAGGAAAGCCAGCUCAGAACAGUGCAGUAUAAUGCAAAAAAAUUCUACCAAUGGCUAGUCGAGCUCCUUAGAAAGCUAAGUUCGUCUGAUUGGGAUGCAGAGACGAAGACAUCAUUUGAUCGGCUUGUCUGGCUAGCUGAGAAGUUCUUAACAUCUGAGGGCUCUUCGGGCGGACAGGCUGGGAAGGAUUUGGUCUUUGAAGUUCUCAAAGACCGAGAUUCCGCGACUUCCUUGUUGAGCAAGCCUGUGGCAGAUCUUGUUCUGUCGCUCUUAUGUCCAGAAUUCGAGCAGACAUCAGACACUGAGAAUUGGGUCUCGGAUGAAGAUUUGGACCCUGCUUCCUAUGUUGUAUCUCUAUGGCACACAUUUCAAAACUUCAGUGGAGGACCUCUAUAUCGACUUUGGGCCGCUCGGGUUAUCGGAAGAUCCUUCGCUGCCACUGGGAAAAUUGAUCAACUGCUCCUGCGAGAACAAGAUCUCUCACUAUUUCAAUCCCCCGAGACCCCUUUGUCGUCUGAUAUUUUCUGCCAUUCUAAGGCCAAAAUCCUUCGGUUUCUUUGCGAUAUGCUGCACGCGCAAAAGCAUUUUGAAGCUGGCCUGGUUGAGCGUACGUUGCAGUUAAUCGUCAGCAACAUAGCGCAUUAUCCUGAAUUCCAAGGUUGCAGUGAGGUGAUUCCCGAAUCUCUAAUGAAGGCCCUCAUCUGGAACCCAUACACAUGUCCCGCCGUUGUACUCUCCAAUUCGGAGCAGGAGAGAUGCGAAAAUGCAGCAACCAGCACUUCCGGGCAGUCGGUUGCUGAUUGGGCUCGCAGUGUUUCCCUGUUCUUAUCGAAUGCUGCUCUAGAAGACCCAGUUAUUGGAUCUCUCCGCAAAGUUCUCAAUGUGAAUUCUGGCUUAGCAGUGCAGCUGUUGCCAUACGUUGUUCAUGAUGUUUUGCUUUCAGAAAGGGGUGGUAAAGGCGAGAGAGGAGAUAUCCGAGGAGAGAUCUCUGCUGCCUUCCGGCAGGUGUUGUCUGUGGCUGACAAGGAAACAUUACCUCACGCUCAGCUUGUGAUCAACUGUAUUCUCUACCUUCGAAAUCAACCUGUGCCAGAUGAGUCAACUAUAGUCCAGCGCGAUAAAUGGCUCGAAAUUGACUUCGGUGAGGCAUCUUUGGCUGCACAUCGCUGCGGUUUGCAUAAAACUUCUCUGCUUUUCCUGGAAAUUCAAACUUCCAGAGUGGUCAUGACAUCUCGUCGGUCAUCUGUCGUUAAAUACGAUCCACCGCCUGCUUUACUGCAUGAUGUUUUCAAAAACAUUGAUGACCCGGACUUGUUCUAUGGUAUUCAGCAGAGCUCAUCUUUGGCCAGCGUCAUGGAACGGCUAGAUUACGAAAGCUCUGGAUUCAAAAAUCUCCUAUUCCAGAGUGCAAAAUACGACAGUGAAAUCCAGAUGUCUGACAAGGCAGGAUCAAAUGGAGUUUUGAAGGCUUUGAAUGCUACAAACCUUCGGGGCAUUGCCAAUACGAUGCUCUCUGCAUCCAGCAGUGCAAAUGAUGCCCCUGUCGCCUUUGCGAGCAUGUUGCAAGCUGCAACUAGUCUUCAAAAAUGGGAUAUUCCAGUAUCGCCUUUGGAUUCCUCCCCAUCUGCCACUGUAUUCCGUACAUUCCAAGGUCUCAAUACCUCAGGCUCUCUGCUCGAGGUCACUGGCUCAAUUGAAAGUGGUCUAUUGACCACGCUGAGUUCUCUUCUACAGACCAGUGGGUCAGCUAUUAAGAUGCGAGAAUCAAUGCGCGCGUUGGGGAUUAUGACCGAGAUCAGCGACACUUUGCACUUCGCGAGCUUUGAUGAUGUAGAGAAAGGAUGGCAGAGUAUAAUGGCGAGAAGCAGCUGGUUGAAAACUGAGAGGAAAAAUGACGUCCUCAAAUCACGGGCAAAACUGAAUCUCGAGGAUUCACGACUUCUAGAAGCGAAAGUCAUUCGACAAUCCUUAGAAAUCACUAGAAUUCAUGGUAUCUCCCAGGUGUCACUCAAAUCUGCAAUGAGCCUUUCGAAGCUCGCCGAGCCAUGCGCAGCGUUGGGGAUGAACAUUGACGCCGCUGCAAAAUUCGAUCUUGCCAAUGUUCUGUGGGAUCAAGGAGAGAUGACCGCGUCUAUUCGCAUGCUACAGCAACUGAAGGACCAGAAUGACCUUCAUAAGCAGGCAAUCCCCCUCAGUCGGGCUGAACUUCUUGUUACUUUGGGCCACCAUGUAGCCGAAGCGCGCUUGGAGAAGCCUGACUCGAUUCUUCAAGAGUACCUAUAUCCUGCGGUCAAGGAAUUGAGAGGAAGCUCCGACGGAGAAGAGGCUGGGCGGGUCUAUCACGGGUUUGCAACCUUCUGUGAUCAGCAACUACUGAACCCCGAUGUACUCGAAGAUUUCAAGCGAGUGGAACAACUGCGCGAUCGCAAGGAGAAAGAAGUCCUGGGCCUGGAAGAGAUGAUGAAGAACAGCACAGGCAAGGAAAGAGAAUACUUGAAGAACUAUCGGGCUAAAGCAAAGCAAUGGUUCGACCUCGAUGACCGCGAAUAUCAACGUUUGUUGCGAAGUCGGGAGGCUUUCCUACAGCAAUGCCUCGAAAAUUACCUUCUCAGUCUGAGGGAAAGUGAUACUUACAACAAUGAUGCUCUACGUUUCUGUGCACUUUGGCUUGAUAAAGCAGACAGUGAUACUGCUAAUUCAGCUGUCUCUCGGUAUCUCAACGCGGUACCUAGCCGGAAAUUUGCACCAUUAAUGAACCAGCUAUCAUCUCGCCUGCUCGAUGUCUCCGAUGACUUCCAAAAAUUACUCACUCAAUUGGUAUUCAGAAUCUGCGUUGAGCAUCCGUUCCAUGGAAUGUAUCAAAUUUUUGCCAGCAGCAAGUCUAAGGGAGGGAAAGAUCAAUCGUCUCACUCGCGUUUCCGUGCUGCAAAUCAGCUUGUGGAUCGUCUAAAGAACGAUAGUCACAUCGGUCAGACUUGGAUUGCUGUGCACAAUGUAAACAUCAGCUAUGUGCGUUUUGCAGUCGAUAAACCAGACAGCAAAUACAAAAGUGGUGCUAAAGUUCCACUGAAGAACUUGACUACUGGCCAGCGACUCGGACAAGAUGCCACGACGUACCAACUACCACCACCGACAAUGAAAAUCGCACUCCGUGCAGAUUGCGACUACAGUCGCGUUCCUACAGUCACGAAAUUCCACCCUGAGUUCACGAUUGCUUCCGGCGUUAGCGCCCCAAAAAUUGUGACUGCCGUUGCAUCCAACGGCGAGCGCUACAAGCAGUUGUACAAGGGAGGAAAUGAUGACCUGCGACAAGAUGCCAUCAUGGAGCAAGUAUUUGAGCAAGUCAGCAGUCUUCUGAAAGAUCACCAACCCACACGCCAGCGGAGCCUAGGCAUCCGAACAUACAAGGUCCUCCCAUUGACACCAAGCGCAGGAAUCAUUGAGUUCGUUCCGAACACCAUUCCUCUGCACGACUACCUGAUGCCCGCACACCAGAAAUACUUUCCGAAGGACAUGAAACCCAACUCUUGCCGGAAACACAUUGCCGAUGUUCAAACCAAAUCGUUUGAGCAACGCGUCAGAACCUACCGACAGGUGACCGAGCAUUUCCACCCAGUCAUGAGAUAUUUCUUCAUGGAGAAAUUCAACAACCCAGACGACUGGUUUAGCAAGCGGUUAGCCUACACACGAAGUACCGCUGCGAUCUCUAUCCUCGGUCAUGUCCUCGGACUAGGCGAUCGACAUGGACAUAACAUUCUUCUGGAUGAGAAGACCGGGGAAGUGGUGCACAUUGAUCUCGGUGUGGCCUUUGAACAAGGCCGUGUGCUACCUGUUCCUGAGGUAGUGCCGUUCCGGUUGACGCGCGACCUAGUCGAUGGAUUCGGCAUUACCAAGACCGAAGGAGUUUUCCGGCGCUGUUGCGAAUUUACCCUUGAAGCCCUUCGCCAAGAAUCUUACAGCAUAAUGACGAUCCUUGAUGUGUUACGUUACGACCCACUGUACAGCUGGACUGUCUCUCCGCUUCGGGUUAAGAAAAUGCAGAUGCAGGACAACCAAGCCAGUGAUGGACCACCAGCUCUGCCUGGUGCAGCUGACGCUCUCGUCUCGAAGAGCGCGAAUGAGAAUGAACCUAGUGAAGCCGAUCGUGCAUUGACUGUCGUGGCAAAAAAACUGAGCAAAACGCUCAGUGUCACUGCUACAGUCAAUGAAUUGGUUCAGCAGGCGCGUGAUGAAAAGAAUCUUGCCAUGUUGUACUGCGGCUGGGCGUCUUAUGCGUGA